GGGGGUGGGGGGAGGGGUGGGGGGAGGGGUGGGGGAGGGGGUGGGGGAAGGGGUGGGGGGAGGGGUGGGGGGAGGGGUGGGGGGAGGGGUGGGGGGUGGGGGAACGUGGGGGGUGGGGGAACAGUGGGGGUGGGGGGAGGGGUGGGGGGAGGGGUGGGGGAACCGUGGGGGGUGGGGGGAGGGGGUGGGGGGAGGGGUGGGGGAGGGGUGGGGGGAGGGGGUGGGGGAAGGGGUGGGGGGAGGGGUGGGGGGAGGGGUGGGGGGAGGGGUGGGGGGUGGGGAACGGGUGGGGGGAGGGGUGGGGGAAGGGGUGGGGGAGGGGGUGGGGGGAGGGGUGGGGGAGGUGGGGGGGGAGGGAACCGGGGUGGGGGGAGGGGGUGGGGGGGAGGGGUGGGGGGAGGGGGUGGGGAAGGGGUGGGGGGAGGGGUGGGGGGGGGAGGGGUGGGGGGAGGGGGUGGGGGAAGGGGUGGGGGGAGGGGUGGGGGGAGGGGUGGG